AUGGCGAAAGUAUCGCAGCCAGAGUUGAAACGGUUCCUUGACAGGCACAUUUCCGUGAAUAUACAGGGUGGACGCAAAGUCCAAGGCACAUUGCGUGGGUAUGACUUGUUUUUAAACCUUGUUGUGGACAACGCGGUGGAAUGCCUCCUUGUGGAUAAGAACCAAGACAGUUGGGAGUCUGGCCCAAAUUGUGGCACAGUUGUACGUAUUGCGUUUGUUUGUUUGAUGAUGGUACUCGUACGUGAAGCUGUGCGCAGUGAUGCGGGCACGAUUUUGAAGUUCAUCCAGGGUUUGGCCGAGUACGAAAAAGCUCCCGAGCAGGUGCAAGCUACAGAAGAAUCAAUCGUACACUCCAUCUUUGAAAAGAAAUUUGCGCAUGCGCUGAUUGCCGAGUGCGAAGACUCGGAAAUCAAGCUGCACCCUAUUGGGUUUGCCGUCUACUACUAUGCCUACUCUACCUGGACGUCGCGCCCUACCUUGUUCUUGGAAGAUUUGUUUGUGCUUCCCGAGUACCGCAACCUAGGUGUAGGAAAGCGUCUAUUCAAGCAUCUGGGCGAUAUUGCACACAAGGAAGACUGUGCCCGCGUGGAGUGGAAUGUGCUAACUUGGAAUGCUACUCUUUCUGCAAUGGGCGGAACGAUCGGCGCUGUAGACACAAGCGCUAUCCCUGGAGGGAAUGGCGGCUAUGAACUGCAUCAGAAACUGCGGACCAAGACGGUGCGUCUCUUGAAGAAGCAAAAGUACGAUGAAGCGAUCGCUACACUUUACGAAGGAAGCAUCAAGCUCCUAGAGAUGAACGAACAAGGCAGCGGUUGUGACUUGGCUGUGUAUCUUUUGGAAGUAUACGACCAAGCAAAUAUCAAAAACGAUUCAGCUUCGCUUGACCGUAUCGUAAGCAUUCUCGGCAAGACCACGGCCGAGUUCUGGCGCAAAAAGGUUAUUUCUGCCGCGGUGAAAUGGACAUGCGCAGCACAGGGGGAUGCGCUGGGCGAUGCCAAGCUGCGUCUGUACAUUGCUGAGCUGCUUGCAAAAGACAAGCUGUACUAUGAUGCUGAAGCGCAGUUUAUAGCUGCGUGCGCGCAGAGCGCCGAAGGAGUCGGCGCAUUCGCAGCGAUGAUGAAGGCGUGGAACGAGGAGUACUCCUCAGCGAUGGCAAAAUCGGACCCGCACAGUCCUCCAGAAAGCUCGGUUGAGCGUGUCCUUGCAGGCACCUUUGCGAUGCGCGGCUGGAUCCCAUUGCUUGUCGCGAAAGCAGCGGAGAAUGCGUACCUGUUCUUGCGAACGUUUGUCACCCUCGUGACUGAGCGUAACCCUUCUCUGCUCUUAUCGGUGAAGCCCAAUCCGAAAGAGUACCAAUCUUCUGCGCCCGUAUCGACUUGUAAAGGCGAGAUGUAUGUCACGGGAAACCCCGUGUUGAACUUUGGACAGAACGCCGUGUUGCUUGCAUGCGACGCAAGCCAACAAACGGGUGGUGUACCCGACCAAUUGAAGGGUGCAUGGCAGCAGUUGACCCGCCAGUUUAUGCAAGAAAACAAUGCCGCGGUGGGUGGCUACAUUUUCGAGUUUUUGUCUAAAAUCUCCUCUACCUACUUCGGCCUCGCGCCUGCGCGUCCGCAGGUAGAUAUGCUCUCCAACAUGAUGUCGAGUAUCAUGGGUGGAGGCGGUGCAUCGAGUGACGGUGCGAAGCAGGCGCAGCCUGCUUCGAUCAAGCAGCUGCCAAAGCCCGCCGACACAAGCAGUUUCAAGCCGCUCGAGGCCGGCGGACAGUCGGAAGCGGAUGAGCUCUUGGACGAUGAAAUGGAUUAA